AUAUGCUAUGCAGAUCCUGUUAGGCGUAGGCAGCUGGAUUGGGAAAGGCGUCAAAAGAUAAUAGGAGGCAUUGCUCGUGGGCUUCUUUAUCUUCACGAGGAUUCUCAACUUCGAAUCAUUCAUCGGGAUCUUAAAGCGAGCAAUAUUUUGCUUGACGCGGAGAUGACCCCUAAAAUUUCAGAUUUUGGUACAGCAAGGCUAUUUGUGGUGGAUCAAACUCAAGGCGCCACAAGCAGGGUUGUUGGCACUUAUGGGUACAUGGCUCUAGAGUAUGCAAUGCAUGGAUUGUUCUCAGUCAAGUCAGAUGUCUUUAGUUUUGGGGUGUUGCUACUAGAGAUUAUUAGUGGUCAAAAAAGUAGCCGCUUCUGCAAUGGGGAUACCACAGAGGACCUUCUUAUCUAUGCAUGGAGGAGUUGGAGGGAAGGGACCCCCUCAAAUCUCAUAGAUCCUAACCUGGCCAAUGGUUCGAGGACCGAAAUGUUGAGGUGCAUUCAUGUUGGAUUGCUGUGUGUUCAAGAAAUUGAGGCCGAGAGACCAACCAUGGGUGCGGUGGUUUUGAUGCUCAAUAGUUACUCCACCACCAUGCCAGUACCAUCACGACCUGCAUUCAUUAUGCACAGUAUCUCUGAAUUUGACAUAGCGUCGCGGGAGACGGCAACUCAUUCGGAUCAAUCCGAAAACAGACAAAUCCAAGAAUCAGUGAACGAGGCUUCCAUCACUGAGUUAUACCCUCGAUGAUCACAUAUUGGAGCCUAGACAUGUGUGCUUCUUCUGUUCCAUUGUGUUAAAUUCAUUUUCUUUAUGUAUACAAAACUUCCCACGAGUCAACUACGGGGUG